AUUCGUGACCUGCGCCGUGAGUUUGCGGCACGAGAGGACCAGGCGUAGCAUGUGUUGAUGAUUCGCGGACAUUUUUCCUCGCACAGAGAGAGAGAGAGAUGUCAGCUACUUCGGGAGAGUAACAUUAUUUGGAGAAUUGAGUUGAUCAGGUACCGCCGGAGUGCGCCUCGGCCUGCACUGGCAAAUUUUUCCAAACGGCCAACGUCAGAGAACGAGAAGCCCUGAUUUAUCGGUUGGAUUAUCCCGGAAAUCUCAAAGAUCGGUAUCGAAGAGAAGGAUGUUCGAAUCGGGAUUCCAUUUGUGCUUUUUACUAUUGCCGCUACUCAUCCUUCACUUUAUGCCUAGAAUUUCAGCAAUAAGGAAGGAUAUUGGUUUUCAAGAAACAAAAAUUUGCAGAAAUACGGUUCAAGGAAGAUUUUUACUAUCUGAUGAUAAUGGCCAUGUAUGUGAUGCUUUAUCAGUGGAUCCACAGUCCCGCUGCUGCCCUGAGAGAGGAGAGAAAUUCUCUUGUCAUGGAUGUAACCUUCUUUCACAGUGUUGCAAUUCCUAUGAAUUUUGUGUUUCAUGCUGCCUGAAUCCUGCAAGGACGCAAGAAGAAGAAGUCAUAAAGUUGAAAAUAGCCAAGCCAUCAACUGCAGGGACUUAUGCAAGCAUUUUUGAUUUCUGUGCUGGGAGGUGCCGUCAUAAUUCUGAGAGUGUGGUUCACGAAAAUGCUUAUCUUAGUGAUUUCCAUCAUUGCUUUUCCUUGCCGUCAAAUAUGUCAGCUGCGAAUUAUACACAACUAGAAGCAAGACUAGUUGGCAUUAAUGUAAUUGUUGGAAGGCAAGGUGAGUCCUGUGAUUCAGCAUGCAAGGCAAAUGGACAAUCAUGCGUCUCAAAUAAGCUUCUGGUGCUUAAUCAAUGUGACAUUAUGCAGAAAUAUAUGAGUUGCAAAGGAACAUGUUUAGCAAGCAUUGGAGCUGAUCAGCCUGCAGAAGUUGUUGACAAUGCUCCCAAACACUUGAACCCAGGAGCCUGCUUGUAUACUCGAACACAAUCAAUGCUUUCGUGUGAUGGCUCCCAUCAGCAUACUAGGAGACUAUGCCCCUGCGCAUAGUUUCUGCUUGGAAAAAUUCUGUCCGGACGACACCCGUGAGGCAACAAUCAUUUACUUUAUAUAUUUCGCAAAUGUUACUGACGAGUUAUUAUGUAUUUAUAGAGGAGCAAAUUUUGUACACAAAACAAACAGAAAUGGAAAAUUAUUAUUUGGUU